CACAUUAAAGACGCGUAAGGUUAUAGCGAAACACAUAAGCUUUUGAACUUAUAAAUGUAUGUACAUAUGCACACAUAUGUAUGUAAAUUUGAACCAUAAAUUAUAAAUUGGAUUGGCAAUAUGUUUAGAAUCAGAGCAGCUGUCAUUUUCGUCGGCGUGAUUGUGCUCAACGCAUUUAUCAGUAGUACUGCAUCAGCCAUCCCAGCACCCUUAACCACCGCUUACGAGGAACCUGUGCGCCGCCUGCAUAAGGCAAACAAAUUCUGCGCAAAAGAGAUUUCUCUUCCAUUGGCGGAGGACAUGGAUAACGAGCAUAUAGCCGGUGCCUAUAUACGUUGCAUGGCCACCAAUAUGGGUUUAUGGAACGACGGUGGAGGUUAUAAUGCCAAACGAGUAGCGAAAUUUUUCAUCAAACAACGCAAUGAGAACGAAGUAAUGACUGUAGUUGAGUACUGUAAUCAACAAUAUCAGCAAACAGAUGUGGAUUUAUGGGCUUUUCAAGCUUAUCGUUGUGCGACAGCGGGACGUAUGGGCACUUGGUUGGGAGAGUAUAUGCUGAGUGCGAAACUAUAAAAAAAUUUUGAAUUAAAACAAAAGACAUAUUUUAAAUUUGCAAACUAAGUUUAUUUUAAGCACAUUGUAUUACUAUUUGUAGAUGUAAUUUAAAUUAUAUCAGUUAAUAAAGUUGGCAUUUGAUUUCGCCAAAGUAU